AUGGCAAGCAUCCAGCAGCAGCCAGCACCAAGCGCCACGCGCGCGCAGCCUGAACAGCAGCAAGAACAGGAACGAACCCCACAGCCACAGCAACAACAUGUACAACAGCAGCAGCAGCCGCAGCCAGAGCAGCCAGAGCAGCCAGAGCAGCAGCUUACACAGGAACUUCAAGAACUGACAGCUCAACUGGACGAGCUGAGACAACAACAACAACAACAACAACAACAACAACAACAACAACAACAACAACAACAACAACAACAACAACAACAACAACAACAACAACAACAACAACAACCACGCCAGCAGCACCAGCAAGGACAACAACAACAACAACAACAACAACAACAACAACAACAACAACAACAACAACAACAACAACAACAACAACAACAACAACAACAACAACAACAACAACAACAACAACAAGACCUUCCUGGGCGUCUCCACACACGACUCUCGACUAUGACCUGGCUUGCAGAUGCCUCCAAGCAGCCGUUCCACGAACUUCACACAACCAGCACAACACUCACGCUGACUCCGUUUGAAACAACCCUCGAUCCGUUGCCCUGGCUUUUCAACGG